UGCGCCUUUCCUCGCCCGCCCCGCCCCGCGCCCUCCUUCCCCCGCGAUGGCGGAGGACAGCGAGUCCGCCGCCAGCCAGCAGAGCCUGGAGCUGGACGAUCAGGACACCUGCGGCAUCGACGGCGACAAUGAGGAGGAGGCCGAGCACGCCAAAGGAAGUCCUGGAGGGGAUUUGGGAGCGAAGAAGAAGAAAAAGAAGCAGAAGAGAAAAAAGGAGAAACCAAGUUCUGGAGGCACCAAAUCAGAUUCUGCGUCUGACUCCCAGGAGAUUAAAAUUCAGCAGCCUUCAAAAAAUCCAGCCAUUCCAAUGCAGAAGCUUCAAGACAUCCAGAGAGCGAUGGAGCUGCUCUCUGCAUGCCAAGGCCCAGCAAAGAAUAUUGAUGAGGCUACCAAACGUAAAUACCAGUUUUGGGAUACGCAGCCUGUACCUAAACUCAAUGAAGUUAUAACUUCACAUGGUGCAAUCGAACCAGAUAAGGACAAUGUCCGCCUAGAGCCAUAUUCUUUGCCACAGGGUUUUAUGUGGGACACAUUGGAUCUUAGCAACGCUGAAGUUCUGAAAGAGUUAUACACACUAUUAAAUGAGAAUUACGUAGAAGAUGAUGAUAAUAUGUUUAGGUUUGAUUAUUCACCUGAAUUUCUUCUGUGGGCACUACGUCCGCCGGGCUGGUUACCCCAAUGGCACUGUGGUGUUAGAGUGUCUUCAAACAAAAAACUGGUAGGAUUCAUAAGUGCCAUCCCUGCAAAUAUUCGUAUUUAUGACAGUGUGAAGAAAAUGGUAGAAAUCAAUUUUCUUUGUGUCCAUAAGAAACUGAGAUCUAAACGGGUAGCACCUGUACUGAUUCGGGAAAUAACAAGAAGAGUAAACCUGGAAGGAAUAUUUCAGGCUGUUUACACUGCUGGAGUAGUACUCCCCAAACCCGUGGCAACUUGCAGGUAUUGGCAUCGAUCGCUGAAUCCCAGAAAAUUGGUGGAGGUGAAAUUUUCACAUUUGAGUAGAAACAUGACUCUACAAAGAACAAUGAAGCUCUACAGACUUCCUGAUGCCACAAAGACUUCAGGUUUGAGACCAAUGGAACAAAAAGAUACUAAAGCAGUACAAGAAUUAAUCAACACUUACUUGAAACAGUUUAAUCUUGCUCCUGUGAUGGAUGAAGAAGAGGUAGCCCACUGGUUUCUGCCUCGGGAUCAUAUUAUUGACACUUUUGUAGUAGAGGGCUCAAAUGGUAUUUUAACAGACUUCUUGAGUUUCUACACAUUACCUUCAACAGUGAUGCACCAUCCUGUUCAUAAAAGCCUCAAAGCUGCCUAUUCCUUUUACAAUAUUCAUACAGAGACCCCCCUCUUGGACUUAAUGAAUGAUGCACUCAUUAUAGCUAAAUUGAAAGGAUUUGAUGUGUUCAAUGCACUAGACCUAAUGGAAAACAAAACGUUCCUGGAAAAACUCAAGUUUGGGAUUGGAGAUGGAAAUUUGCAGUAUUAUUUGUACAACUGGCGAUGUCCUGGCAUGGAAUCUGAAAAGGUUGGUCUUGUAUUACAAUGAGAACAGUUAUGUUUCUAGAACUCUGAGGUCAUCGUUUGAGUUAAUUUGAUCUCCAGAACUCUUGGAACGGUAUUGUUCAAGAGGAAUAAAAGCACAACAUCAGUGAUACUGAAGUAGUCCAUUAAACCUGAACAAUGAAGACAUCCAUAUGCGACCAAAUUUAUGCAUUUUCAGAUAGAUCAGAAGGUCCACAAAACUCUUUUAUUGCCCGUGAAAAGAACAAAAGCACAUUCAUUUAAGUUUCAAAGCUUAGCUUGCACCUUGAUGAGAAGAAGGUAUUUUUUUUCCACUCUGUAGAAAAGACUGUUUUGUACAAACUGAACUUCAGUAGUGGAUUAGGGUACAAAAAUAUUUGCUAUUAUGUGGAUGAACUGCUGCAUUUCUAUUUAUUAAGUGGUGGUGUAUGUUUGUCAGUGUAACAGAAUGAAGGAUACAAACUUGAGUAUCUUUGCUUAUUUACUUAACGUGGAUAUCAUCAUUUGGGAGAAAAUCAUGAAGUACGACACGUUUGUAGCUCUAUGAAAGUCCGGGAUGUUUCUGUAACUGGAGCAGUAUGACAAUGUACUGGUCUAACUGGUGCAUUUGUUUCUCCAUAAGCAACGCUGCCAAAUCAAUAAAAAUACAGAUUUGUACUUUGAUCUUCAAUAGAUCAGUGGAUUGAUUUAACAGUAUCGCACUGUUCAGUGCAGGUGUUAUCUAUGUUGCCGGAAUGAUAAUACAUUACUGUACUUAAUUUACAGUUGUGGCACAAAACCUUAGUUUUUCCUCAGUAGAAUAACAUCAGCCUGUGUGUAAAACUAAGAAUUUUAGUAGUGCUGUCGGGAUAUUUAUAGUUUGAAUGUUUUCAACGCUUCUGCAAAAUUGCACAUGUUCCUUUAUCUACUUUGAUUUCCUAUGAAGUCUGUAAUUCUAAUGAAAAGUAUCUUGUGUAAAUACGUAUUCAUAAGUUGUUCCUGGUAGUGUUUUUAUCCUGACUUUGGAACAAGAAGUUUUGCUAUAUAUGUGGCUGGUAAACAAAAGAAAAACGCUCUUCCCUCAGUCCUUGGAAGUUUGUGUACUGCGCUUCCUGAAUUGUAGGAGGGCUGAUCUUUGUUGGGGGAGCUGUUUUAAUUCCCUCACAAAUGCUUGGCAACCAGAGCGGCUUCUGAAGCACUUUAUAUGCAUUCCAGCAUAGCGUCAUAGCUAGAUAUGAUAGCAGUUCUUUCAGCUCACAGACGCUGCAGUAACGUGAGCACUGAGAAAAUCUGCAGUAAGAAACUUGUUCUAACUGAAAGUGCCAAAUUGUGGUAGUGAAGCCUCUGUGCUGUGAGCAUCUUUUGAAUGUGACUUGAAUAUCUCAUGAAAUGCAAAUGUCUAAACUUUCCUUUUAAACAUGCCUGUAAUUUUGACAGCAGAUUUUGCUAAAAGUUGACUUCUGUACCUGAAAACAUCAGUUUAGGCGAAGAUAAAUUUGUCUGUUCUUCGUAACUGUUAGCCCUACCCACCUCCUUAUAACAGUGGGGUUUUUCUUUCUUUCCGCUCCUUUUCCAAUGUGUGACUGGUUUGUGGUUUGUUUCUUUUUCUUGUUGAACUGUGGUGGGAGGAUUCUGCCCCAGAAACAAUGAUAAAUACUUUCCCUUAUUGCAUUAUAGUUAUGUGAUUAAAGCAUUCAGCCUCCUUCAAAGGAAGGGAUUGAACGUGGUUUGUCUGAUCCCUGGGUGUGCACCAGCUCAGGACCUCAUGAAUUUAAAAGUGCUUCAAAGGAGAUCUUUCAGACAUGUAAUGGUGCAGUUGGGCCACUCCAGUACAUGUCUGCUGGUAGCAGUCAUAAGGGAUGGUGCAUAUGGAGCUUUGACUCCCUAUGUGAGGCCUGAGCAACUUUAAGUGCCUGAAAAUGUAAUUUAUGGUAGUGAUAUCUGAGAUAACAAGAAGGACUUUAAACUCAACUCCAUCGAAGACUUAAGUUCUUAACUCCCCAAAGGCACCUGCCUUCCUGGCUGAGCAUUUGCAUUGGAGCCCACUAGGGUGAGGAGGAGAUUCACCAAGGGGCUUGGUGUGUUCUGCUCUGGCUCUGAAAGCAGAGCCUUGGCCAUCCUCACACAGCUGCUGCCUAAUGUGGGGUGGGGCAGCACGGUGUAGCAUUGUCCUCCUAGCUAAGGUACUUCCUUGCAAAGAAAUGAUCAUGGCCCAGUUCUCCCUAAUCUGGAUGGGUGGUCUUUAAUGCUAGGUGAAAGAUAUACUCACGUUCUCUGCCUUCCCUCCCACCAAAAAAAAAUGCAAGCGAAAGAAAUGGCAGGCAAACGUUUUCUUUUAUCUCUUCUCCAAAAUCAGAAGGCAAAUCCUCCCCAGGACUAUUGUUGAGUGUUAAGGCCAUGAUGGGACCAAAUACCUCAUGUAGAAGACAGACUUGAACCUGGGUUCUCUGCAGCCUGGCAUUCUGCCCUAAUCUUGGGGCAGUGGCACAUGAAGGAAGGAGUGUGGCUGCUCUUGUGCUGUCUUCCUGGAAAAGUGUCAUUUGCUUCUGAAUCCAACGGGUGAACCUCUGUCUCAUUUUCUGGCUGCAUGUUAAUCAAGGGGAAAGACGGCAGAGUUGUUCUCCUGUAGAUGCUGUGCAGUGCUGUAGCUGAGAGAGAAAACGUAUAGGGCCGGGGAGGGUGAGGGAAGUGAGAAUCUGAGCCUGAGUGUUGUGGCAGUUCCUGGAGGCUUCUGUUCAUGAACUUGUGUGUUACUGAACAGAUAUGUGAUCCAAUAUGGUCUCUCCUGUCCCUGUUGAGUGCUCAAACCUUUUGGUUAGCCAUGCUCUUCACUUCAAGUGCUUCACUGAAGAUCACAGCAUCAAAAGGAUGCGAAUCUUGAAGGUGUCCCAGCCUGCACCCACACAAUAGGUCAGCUACUCAGAGGUGGAAAUUGUGGCAACUCAUUCUUGCUUCCUAAGUAGGUUCUUAACUAUUAUCUAUGUGGGUGUCCCUGUCAGCAGCUCAACAGGGAGAGGUUCUUCUGUUGUUUCCAAAAUUGAAAAUGUCUGUGUGUUAAGCUUGCCAUCGAUGGCAGCCAAGUGAGAUUCCUCAAAGCCUAACAGAUGGUUUUACAAAGACUGGCAAACUUAAGGCUUGCUCCACCACCAUUCCCACCAGUCUUUGGAAGCAUCUACAGUUUCUUUCCCAGAGUAAUUUCCUAUCUAUGUAGAAACAAAUCCCUGAAGAGAGCUAUAGACCUGCACAGGCAGUGAAGUGCUUGAAAGGUGCUUGCUGUGCUUACGUUCUUUACCAAAGCUAAUCCUCAUGCUCUGUUUAAAGGCUGAGAUUUAAAUGCUACAGUUAGUCGGCAUGGGAAUUAAAUACAGCAGUGCUAGCAUGCCUUCAAAGUUUUAUGCAUCCAAAACUACAAAAAAAGACCGUGUAUGAAAGACUAUGAAGCAAGGCGAAAAACCCUCACCUCUUCUUGCCACCUUCAGCCAGGGUGGGCAAACAUUUUUGCAUUAAAUGUCUUCUCUUUAAACUUCAGGGAUCAUUGUGAUUACAGAAUCACUGCUGCUGCCUCCCUUUGUACUCAUCUUUAAAUAAAUCCAAAAUGCAGAUUAGCUGUCUAAGGGCACUGGAAGUCUGGAUUAGCUAAGCUCUGAAACUACAACAUGUAAAUUCUAUCUUUCACGAACGAAGUAACUCAGUUAAGGUAUUUUACGCUUUCUUCUGAAGUACAUAACUGCUUUUGCUUAAAAUACAGAGCACCAAGUAAAUGCCUAGGCUGUGGAUUUUGCUGAAUUGCAGCACUAUUCUCUUUCCUUCCUGCAGCACGACUGUCUCACUAGGAAACUGUCCACAGCUCUCAGUAAAACUCUGAAGUUAGAACGUGGUGUGUUUGCAGUCUUGUCGUGGUUAUAGCUGUCAUCUACUUUAUGUACAACAGCAUAAAGCUCCUCUGUUUCCUGGGAAAUAGUUUUAGACUCCAUUUAGACAUCAAACUGAGUUUAUGUUAGUUUACAUUUUCCUCAUGGGAUGUGUGUUAAUGGUUUGCAUACAGAAGUUUGUUUUGCUUUGAUUUUUCCCCAAAAUGCAGCUGUAGCAAUUUGGUUUUGGUCUCUAUUUGAAAGUGAAGUUUUCCCUUCAGCGUAUCUGACAUCAGGCAUUGGGUAGAACCCCAGCUUGUGUACAUUCUUGACCAAAACAAGUUAAUUGUUCAGCAGAGCAAACUCUGAAAGGUCAAAAGGGAGGUCUGCCCGUGCUGUUAUAGUUGUUUACUUGAAACAAGCAUUGAACCAGCUUUAAGAGUUAUACCGGCAUGGAACUUUGUUUAAAUAAACUUUCA